CAUUUAUAUCUCUAGCCUCCCAAUGCCAUUUGCCAUUGGCACAUGCUGUUUUGACUCUGCACCCAGGCCAGAAUACUCUUACCACAUUUGUCCCCACAACAUUCUUAAAAGGGAGCAAUAAGCACAAAAGUAGUAAGGUGCAACAAAUAAUCCACACUUGGCCCACUGCCCCAAGAAGCAGAGGCAAGAAUGAACCUGGAUGAAAUUUAAGAACACAGAGUGGAAGAGAAAAAGACAAAUAGCAAGAAAACUGAGGGAAGAUUUCACUGGUGGAACUACUGUCUUGGGCAGGUCACCACGACAGCAUCCCUUUAAGAAUUAACAUUACUACAUAAACCAGCAUUACCCAGCCCUUUGUGCACCUGACUGUGUUCAAUGAGGUUUUGUAUUUCACUGUUUUGUUUGGCAAAGCUUCAUACACUCACAACCUUAAGUCAACAUUAAGUCCAGCUCUCCAGUUAUAAUCGUGACCUCUGUAUGCAGUUGCUCCAGAUGCAUCGUAUGAAAACAAGCUGACUGAAAUCCCCAACUUCAGAAUAGACCACACAACCUCUGAAAGAAGUCACUGCACUUAGAAGAAAGUUACUUCUUUAUUUAGGAAGAUAUCAGAUGCUUCAUACUUGAUUUGCAUUUUUUUGCCAACACAAUGAAGGAAGUGUCCUGCUUCUGCAUGACUUUUUCUUCCUUGUUGGAACAGAUGGUGAAGGUUUACAAAUACAUGACUGGUAUUUUUUCAGUGACUCAUACCUCAGAGCAACAGGCUUCAGACCACGAUAAGCAGCCAACCAAGAUGGAUGUAAGCUUACUUGAGGAGCAGUAUGACCAUUUAAAACAGAAGCAAAAACUGCAAUCACACAUUAUUGUCUUUAAAACAGGUGAACAUGAAUCUGCUCUCCCAGAAUCAAUGGUCAAUCCUGUUUUAAUUAAUAAAAAAGUUGGAAGAUCAAAGUUAUUUACAGAACAUGUUCCUGUCAGAAAGGUCAAGCUGGAGAUGACCAGCAGUGGCAACAAUAUACAAGACAACUCCCCAUGGCGCACCCACCUGGGAAUUCACCGGCUGGUGCAGGUCCCUUGUCAAGGGGUUACCUGGGAUCCUUCCCAUUGCAAGAAUGGACCAUGCAGUUUUGACAAUCAGAGACUGAUUUCCAAGGGAAACAGCACACUGCAACCCAAGGAAUUAGAAGGAGCAAGUGAACUAUCUGUGCUCAGCCAACUGGGAGGUUCAAGCAUGUUGAACAGUUCCAGUAAAGAGAACAGCAGCAACAUCUCAAGCACCUGCCAAAAGCCUGCUCUGAAAUCAGCCACAUCAGCAGUUCAGACACAUCAACAUACUUCUUCUACAAACUGCAUGCCAGCCUGCAAUAAACUGAACUUUUACCCUUUCCCUAAUAAAAGAAGGCCCAGAAUUUCUGAAGCAGCAAGGAGGCUUGGAUUAUAUGUUUCACAAUGAGGACAUUCAGUAGCACAUAAAACUUAGUAAAAAAAACAAAACUUGACUAACAUUUAAAAUAGCAAAAUAGUCCUCCUAGUUACACUGACCAACUUGCUAAAAGUCUACUACUUUUAUUAGCCAAGGAAGGCCUUUACUAUAUCAUCUGUUGUUCUAUACGGUAUAAAAUGAAAUGUCCUCCUGAAGAUUCUGGGCUGCAACAACAGAUGCUCACUUCUGUUACUUGAGAUAUAAUAGCAAUUUUAUAUAUUUUUUUCCUAUUGUUAUGUUACUCCUUUUAGAAACUAAGAUUUUAUCACAGCAAUAUUAGAAAUACCUGAAGGAGCCAUAGCAAAGUCUAGUAGAACUACUGAUGAAGCAACCAGCCUUUUCAGUAUAGUAGCAUUUAAUUAGACAAUAAACAAUUUAAAAAUGAAACAGUAUUGAAGGUGAUUGAUGCACUUAAUGUAUGAUUUCAUCACUCACUUUCCUUGAAAGAAGAUAUUCAAGAAAAUGUCUGAUGUAUGUGUAUUUAAAAUUCAGUUAAUAAACCCUCUGCUCAUUUC